CACCGACGAGAGGCAUUUCGAAUUACAGCACGACAAGUUUCCAUUAAAUUGAAGAUCUUCUCGUGCUAGAAAAGCUCUAAACUCUGACAUCACAACCCGAUCCUCCAAACAUCAUCCACAUUCCCCGAGAUUAUCGCCAUCAUGUCUCGCGCAGGAACCUGGCUGAAGAUGCUAGGAGUUGGUGUUGUAUGCUGUGUCGGUGGCCCGGCCUUCGUGCAGUACAUCCGACCGACCGACGAGGAAUUGUUCAAGCGCUAUAACCCCGACCUCCAAAAACGGAGUCUGGAGGAGGGUGACCGCCGCGCACGGGAUUUCGAUGAAUAUGUGACCAAGUUGAAGCAGUGGUCCAAGUCUGAUAAGCACAUUUGGAUCGCCGCGCAAGAACAGCAGAACCAGAGACGCUUGGAGGCGGAGACGGUAAAUACCCAGGCCAAGGAAGAUGCGAAGGCACAAAGGGAAGAAAUGCGGAAGGAACUGCUUGGUGGGAAAUAAAAGGCUGCACUGCAGUUUUCUGAAUAUUUGGAAUGACCUACCUCCCCUCUUCUCGUGGUUGUUUAGUAAGUGUCAUGUAUUUAUACCCUGUGUGAGAGAGGCUCGGGGAACUUUGAAAAAGCCAGGUCUAUCGAAGACUUUGGGGGUGGGGGGCAAAAAGCAUGCGAGGAGUUAUACGGGUGAUAUUACUGUACUAUAUCUCAAUUCAUU